GCCGAGCCACACUUCGCUCCACAGUGGCCACACACACACACACACGCACGCACGGCGACACGGCGGCUCUUCCAAGUUUCGCUGAUCACCAUGGCGGCAAACAAGACCGUCGUCGUCCUCGCGCCGAACGGUCGCCGGCAGAACGUGAGGGUUACGAUUAACACGACGAUCCUGCAGGUUCUGGAGGAGGUAUGCCAGAAGCAGGGCUACAACGCCGACGACUAUGACAUUAAACACAAUCGUCAGAUAUUAGAUCCUAACACGAUAUUCCGCUUCGCCGGUUUGCCAAAUAACGUUCAGCUGGAGAUGGUGGCCUGUACGAGGGUGCGCUCGGCGUCGAACGUCACGAUCGGCAUUCAACCGGAGGACGGGGAGAGAACGUUGCGCGAGUUUCCGCCCGACACGACGCUGGCUCGGGCAUUGAUGGAUAUGUAUCCCGACGCCGACCUUGAGAGAGCUGUGUUGAUCUACAUGCAUCGUGAAGUAUGCGGCAGAGAAGCGUUAGAGAAAACGACGUUGAAGUCGCUGGGUCUCAACAGUGGAAAGGCAAUAUUGAGACUGAUGUAUCGUGACCACGAACAGUUAAAAACUCAGGCACACGUAUCUACUCCUUUGCUUCCAAAGACAGCCGCAACGGUAGAUGAUUCGACAAGCGAUAAAGAUCACCAAAGGCUACCAUCGUCCACGCUACAUUGUAAUAAGAAUGAUGUUAAUUUAUCGAAAGGUGUGUCGAAAAUAGAAAAUCAAAAAAAGUCGGAAGAAGAUGUAAAAAUGGAUACGAAAGAUGAAGUAAAUGCGUUCAGUAACGAGAAACAAGAGAGAAAUAUAUCUGAGAUAAGAGAAAGUCCAACCAUUGCGUCCAACCGUGAGGAUCAGCGUAUUGCAGGAACAUGCGCAAAAGUCGAGGAAAACGCGUAUGAAAUUAAGUUUUUAGGGGAAAGAAACGCUCUGGUGUUCAAUCAAGCCGGGACUCAAGCGCUGCCGAGGGACGAAUUGCCGGACAGCUUCUUCGAUCUUGAUCUGCACGACGCGAAGGCACUUUUGCGAGAUGCCAAGCGUCGUAGAGAGCAGCUCGAGGACGCUCCGCUUCUGACGGAGACGCAGCGUCAGCUGGAUCGGGACAAGCACAUUCUGGACCGAUUGAACAAGUAUCGUCGCACCGUGAUUCGCGUACAAUUUCCCGAUCAGUUCGUUCUUCAGGGUUUAUUCGGACCGCUGGAGACUAUCCAAACUGUUAAGAACUUCAUCAAAAACUACUUGGACGAUCCGGAUUGCGAAUUCACUAUCUAUACUAGCCCACCAAGACAUAUCUUAAACUCCGACGCACGACUGAUAGACGAAAAUCUUGUUCCCUCUGCUAUCAUUUACUAUUCUGGACAAUCGUUGCUAAAGUCGAGUGUAAAAGCAAAAUUGACAGAUCCUAGAGCCGCUGGUAUCGAAGCCGUGAAAUCUAGGACUGCUACGAUGCGGAAAGAACAAGAUCCAACUACUGGAAGUAAUAGAGGCACAGUUGUCGAGAGUAAUCAUGUCACUCCAGGACCGAGUGGUAGCGGUAAAUCAUCAUCAUCAUCUCAGAAUCAAAACAAGACACCAAAAUGGUUCAAACAGACAUUCAAAUAAUCGAUUACCUAAUAGCACCGAAAGGUGAUUCGUUAAAUUUUAAUAUAAACAUGCCAUACGGGAUUCUUAUGAAGAUCCAUGUAUACGCGAGCACGAACGCGUAUACAUAUGUGUCGUCAUACGUAUUCCUCCAACAAAUCUUAAUAAAAUAUAAAAUCUGUACACAACAAACGUCCGUGUCUCUCAUUAUUCUAAUUGAAAUGUACAAAGCUUUACACAUAAGACUCUGAUGCUUAGUAAAAUUAGUUACAAAAGUGAAAAUAAAAUGGUACAUAUACAAAUAGGAUUCUUACUAUCUAACUCUAUGGCCGCGGUAAUAACAUCUUAAAUGUUAUAUCUGUAUAUAUAUAUAUAUAUAUAUAUAUAUACAGAUUAUAUAUAUAUAAUUUGUAUGAAAAACAGUGAUAUAGCCGAGUGUGAUGAAAAGUACAAUUGUGAAAUAUGUAUCAAUGGUACUAACUUCGUGAUAAAGGUGCUUUGAUCGAUAACAUUAAGUAUAUAUUUUAAGUAAUAAAUGUGUAAUAAUAAUUUGGAUAGCAAUGAGA